AUGCGCAGACAGACCUCGGGGCGGUUGCAGUAUCAUGACAGCCAGCUGACGAUAGCGUACGACCCCGCAGCAAGCAUCAAGCCCCUUGAGGCAUCGGGCAGAAACUGCCAGGCUUGUGCCCACAGCUGCUUCGACGGCCUGCGCGAAGAGCAGCCGCCUCUUCCGGACUCGUCGGGGUCACGGCCGGUACGAAGCGAUGCUCGCCCCGCGAAAGCUCUGCAGCUGUUCUGCCAGCCUGCCCGAGUGCCUGGUAGCGGUCUCCGGAUAGCAAGGCCUGGCAAGGACUUCUCCGUAGUUUAG